GUUUUGUCUCCUGAUUCUUCAGGCUACUGGUGCUCUGGCUAAGAACUCUUUGAAGAGACGACUGACCUUUAGUUUUAGUAAAUGAUGCACUGUACGGAUCUGACCAUUCCCCUCAUCCGAUCUGGAGCGGCGGGAAUAUCAUCCAGGAAAUUGCUCUGUGUUGCUGUGAUUGUGGAAGCUUUACGACUUUUGAGAACAUCCUCACCUGCCGUUAAACGACCUGCCGGAUACCACCUCGAGACCCUCCAUCCGAGAUCAUCCCAUCCGGCGACUUCAUAAUUCAGAACCGCUUAUGCAAGCGUGUAAAGUUGCAAAUGUUCGUGAUCGGACAGUCCCGCAUUUGGAAAAACUGGCCACGAUGGUAAGUAUGUACUUAUGAACGUCCGCCCCUCAAUGCGGAUUAAAGUGUGUGAUUGGACGUACAAAUACUCGGUUCGCCUUCUUCCCCCACCGAUCCCUUCCCUUCUCUCUUUCCGCGACAUGAACUGUGACAGAUAUCUCUAGCUCAAUGUCAGAGACUCGAAGGCAUUUGGAAGCGGCUAGAGCCCUCUCGAGGCUCUUGACUAUAACCAACGUUGCGCAUGCGUUUCACGGCAGUAUCCUGACGGCAGUAUUCGCCAAUCUGCCUCAGAGCGACGAAAUCUUUUGCAUCGUCGAAGGCGGUCAAGGUCAAGCACACCCUUUUCGCAGAGUGCGUGAUUCAGUGGCGGGGAACGACGGCUUCUCGGUCAUACAUUCUCCAUGGACGAAUAGGCUCUACGUCUCUUAUCGGUUGCUGAUUCCAUCUAUUGAGAUUGAGAUUCUUCCUGCAGGAGAGGCCGGUCCACGGCGCCUAGACCAUACGACCAUCAUGAGAGUUCAAAGUGUGCCUUUUUUGACAGUUUCGGAAUUCAUUCGAGCCAAACUAAAGUCUUGGAUGAUAGGUGGUUCUCCCAGAGAUGCACAGGACAUCGUCUAUACUCUAUCUCGGCAUUGGAAUAUGGUUGAUAUCAACCGAAUCCCAGAGACCGACAUGAAUCUUUUCGUUUCUCGCAACACUUCGGUAUCGCCAGCGUGGUUUGCAAUCAAGCGGAAAUACGGUAUUUGAAGGGUCGAUACCGUAUGUAUUGUACUUGGUGGCAACGCUUAUAUCCCAUUCAAAAUCCGUCGUCGGGUUGAGUUGCAUUUGGCAAUGGGGCAUAUGGAAUCUUUAUUUUCUCGGACGAAUAUGUAUCUAUACAUUGUACUAAAAAUUGAAAAUUGGCCAUGCCUUGUAG